AUGGCGUCACCCGCCUUUCUUUCCUCCUACAGUAACUCCAGCGAUCCAUUUGCCAACGCUCUCCUCAUCAUCGUCCGCUUCUCCGCAUCAAUACCCGAUCUUCCCCUCGAUAUCUUAACACCAGGAACCACAACCGGCGCAGGCCUCAAACAAUUAAUCCGGGCCAAACUUCCCCCCUCACUAUCAUCUCAUCGACUCCGCUUGAUUUACUCGGGCCGUGGUCUAGAAGACACAACCGCCUUAACUACCUCACUCAAGCUUCCGCCAUCCCCAUCACGAAGUCCCAGGCCUUUACCAGAAAAGGAAGACAAAAGCCAAGAUGAGCGAGACUCAAAUGAUGCUCAACGUCAUGAUAAGGGCAAGAAACCUGUCCGCGAUACAAGACCCAGAUUAUAUAUCCACUGCUCUAUCGGCGACAUAGCUCUCUCAGAAACAGAUCUAGCAACAGAAGCACGCCUCGCCUCGACUCUUACUCAACCCGAGGAGAAGCUUUCUUCUAUUUCCUCUCUCAAUAAUGCAGGACAAACCUCCCAGGCUACGACUGCGUCUACAACUACAACGCCUGCGCCUCGUGGCUUCGAUCGGCUCCUUAGUGCGGGAUUCACAGCGGCGGAAGUUACGGCUCUCCGGUCUCAGUUUCUGGCCGUGCAGUCUGUUUCCAGAACGCCUGACACUAUGCCUUCUGGUGAGGAACUGCGCGAUCUCGAGGAUAGGUGGAUGGAUGAGGGGUCGACUGGGGCCGGGAUAGCGGGGACAGGAGAUGGAACGGGAACUGGAGAGGAUGAAGGGGGUCUGGGGUCUGGAUCGAGGAGCGCGAUGGAUGAUAUGCUUUGGGGAGCUGUUAUGGGGUUCUUUUGGCCUAUUGGGUGUGGCAUGUGGUUGAGGAGGGAGGAGGGUGUAUGGUCUUGGAGGAAGGGAGUUGCUGUCUUUGUGGGAGUGCUUGUUAAUGUGGCUUUUGGGGCUAUGAGGAUUAUGAACACGGCGUAG